AACAUACCUGACCUCCUGAGGAAAGUGGUACUUUUUAUUACAUCCCUGAGAGCUGCGACAAGUGGACAACAUGAAGCCCAAAUCUCUUCCAUCAAGGUUGUUUGACAGAAAUUCAGUAUCAGGUGAGACAAAAUAUCAACGGCAUGUGGACUGCGUGGAUCACCAAGAGAGUCUGUAUCACUCUGGCCACAAUGACAGCCAGCCAGUGUGCCACAACAGCAGGCAAAAUGAGAAGAGCCACAGAGAAGUUCAAUUUGCAUUUCUGCCAGAGAGGUAUGAGCCACUGGUGGAUGAGGAGGCGCAAGUCAAGGCAAAAGUAGAGAAGAAGAAGAGGAAGAAAGAAAAGUACAAAAAAGUAAAGAAGAAUGUUGGCAAGGCACUGCGCUCUACCUGGAAGUGUCUAAUGCUUGGGCUGUACAAUUUUGCCCUUGGCUAUUCUACUCCGAUCACAAUGGCUGCUACUUUUGUCCCCGACUUUCACCCAGGAAGAAAUACGACCUGAGCCGAGCCGCAUGCACCUCCUCCGGUUUCUUUGCAAACUGUACUGUAUAUACCAGUUCAUAUGUUUAUAAUGUUUGUGUAUUUAAAAUUUCAUUUUUAUAUUGGUUUCUAUAAAUUGUAAUCAAAAUAUUCUUAUGCUUCUAUAAAAUAGGCCUUUUUCACAGCAGACAUUUUGACUUGUCAAAGUAGGAAAAACAGGUAUUACUAUGAUGUUCUAAUCAACUGUCUCAGUCAUCAUUUAUUUCAUUAUUUACGGUGAGAUGUUGUUGAUCUUAUUAACCUAAUGUCCUACUGUUGGUCAUAAUAUACCAUAUGGCACACUUUUUAACCAGAUUUGCAGAAAUAUACACAGUUAAGAUCGUAAAAUUAGAUACACAUACACGACAUAUUGCUCGUGCAACAUGUGCCUUUUUUCACUUGGAGAAUGUGUUUUUAUCAAGAAUCUAGCUGGUGUUUGCAUGUGUGCAGAGGGAUAAUGUGGGAAUGUGCACCUGCAGCAGGAAUGAUUUACUGUAGCUGCAGAUAACAUAGGGCAUAGACAUAAGGCAUAUAGACAUCAUGAUUUGAAAAGAUGAGUAAAUCAAGGCUGAAAGGAUGUAGGCACAAUGAGUAAGAAACCAGGCCACCCCUCCCCCUCUCAGAGUGGAGCAACUGGACCACUAAUCUCAAGAGUAUAUUUCAAUUCUCAAACUGUCUAAGCAAUAAACGGACAACUGACUACUGAUGACUGGAGGUGAUGGGGAUUAGAAGGCUUUGCUUACAUUUGCUGUGGAGUACAAGUUUAUGAUGAUUUUCAGAUUGGAAUAUAAUGGUGUGACUUUUAAAGCUAGUCCCAAACACUUUAGCAUUUCUACACGUGUGAGUUAGUUCAGUUUUAAAGGUUAUUCAAGUCAUGAUAUUUGUAAGUUGGUGCAUGAUCAAAUGUUAAUAAACUGUUUGACAAAAUGUAAUCAUGUAUUAAUGGUGGACAAAGGAGUGUGCUAAAGCAAUAAAGUCUCAAAAUAAUGCCU